AAAAGCCGCCUUUUUUCAUUUCCCUUUUUUGCUUUCUUUUCAUUUGACCUUUUCCCGAUUCAUUUUGUACAGCUUUUUUUUUCUUCCCCAAUAUUUUUUCUUGUUACAGAGACCAAAAAAAAGACAUGAAUGGAGUCGCUCCGCCGAGGAGUACGGGUUCCGAUGGUGGCGCAGUUGAAAAUACGUCGUUUCUACGGAUGUACCAGACCUGGAAAGGCAGUAAUAAAUUUUGUGUUCAAGGAAGGUUCAUAUUUGGGCCUGAUGUGAGAUCACUCUUUAUGACUAUCUUCCUUAUAGUUGCCCCAGUUGCUGUGUUUUGUGUAUUUGUUGCAAGGAAACUUGUAGAUGACUUUGCUGGUCAUUGGGGGUGGUCUAUCAUGGUCGUAGCUGUUGUUUUUACAGUAUAUGUUUUAGUCCUGCUUCUACUGACAUCUGCAAGAGAUCCUGGUAUUAUUCCUCGCAAUCCUCAUCCUCCAGAGCUAGAGAACUUUGAAGGAAGUAUUCAAAGUGGACCUGGUCAAACUCCACAAUUACGUUUGCCCCGCGUCAAGGACGUGAACGUCAAUGGAAUAACUGUAAAAGUCAAAUAUUGUGAUACCUGUAUGCUAUAUAGGCCUCCGCGCUGUUCUCAUUGUUCAAUUUGCAAUAACUGCGUGGAACGAUUUGACCAUCACUGUCCCUGGGUCGGGCAAUGUAUUGGAUUGAGGAAUUACCGCUUCUUCUUCAUGUUUGUAUUCUCGACUACCCUUCUUUGCUUGUACGUCCAUGGCUUCUGCUGGAUCUACAUUAAAAGGAUCAUGGAUGGUGAGCAGACCAACAUCUGGAAAGCAAUGGCCAGGACUCCUGCCUCCAUUGUGUUGAUUGGUUAUACAUUCAUAUCAGUCUGGUUUGUUGGUGGCUUGUCUGUCUUCCAUCUGUACCUCAUUGGCACAAACCAGUCUACAUAUGAGAACUUUAGAUAUCGAUAUGAUCGGCGGGUCAAUCCUUUUGACAAAGGUGUAAUCCAUAACUUCUUAGAGAUAUUCUGCACCAGUAUUCCUCCUUCGAAGAACAGAUUCAGGGAGAGAGUGCAGAGAGAAGCUGGGAUACCAGCUCGUGAAGUGGCUGGUGGUUUUGUUAGUCCGAACUUGGAGAAAACAAUGAGCGACUUAGAAAUGGGAAGAAAGCCAGGUUGGCAUGAGACUGCAACAGGGACUGAUGAUUUUGAAGAACCACCUAGAAAUGAUAAUCAGUUAGAUAAGGAUGAAGAGCUCUUGUCUGCAUCCCCAGAGCUAAGCAACACCGCCUUGGCUGAAGGGCGUAGUAUCCUACAUCCUAGGCGCUCUAGUUGGGGAAGAAGAAGUGGAACUUUGAAUAUACCGCCUGACGUAAUUGCCAUGGCAUCUGAAAUUGGAGAGUCUAAUCGGACGACUGUCAGUGAUAGUGCUUACCGGAUUGACAACCAUCAAUAGUAGUUGGCCUGUAUGUUGUUUAAAUUAUUGUAGAACAACUGACAAAGCCAAAGGAGAUCCUGUCCCGUCCACUGGACGGGAUCAGGUUAUCCUUGAGGAGGUGUGCUGCUGUGUGUAUAAUUCUAUUUUCCUUCUACGUUUAGUUUUCUUUUGUUGAAAUGUGCUUAA